AUGGGUUCCAUUGCAACCGCGCUCAACGCCCUCCCCGCGUUCCGGGUGCUAGUCACGGGCGGCUCGUAUGCAGGGCUGUCGGCGGCGCUGAACCUUCAGGACCUCUGCAGGGGCCGGGCUGCACGGUGCGGGCCGCCGCCAGCUGCGGGCGAGGGCGAAGAGGGCAGCGAUGCCUCGUCCAACUCGUCGUCGUCAUCGACACCAGACAUCGCCGUCGACAUCACCAUCGUCGACGAGCGCGAUGGUUUCUACCACCUCAUCGGCUCGCCCCUCGCCAUGGCAUCAGAGGCGUACGCCGAGAAGGCAUGGGUGAAGUACGAGGACAUUCCCGCGCUGCGGGCGCCCAACAUCCGCGUCGUGCAGGGCAGCGUGCGGUCCGUCGACGCGGCGCGCAAGACCGCCACGGUGGCGCCGUACGGUGGCGGCGGCGGCGACUCGCAGCAGACGACCGAGAUCGCCUACGACUACCUCGUUGCGGCCGCGGGCCUGCGGAGGGUGUGGCCCGUCGUGCCGCAGUCGCUGCGGCGGAAGCAGUACCUGUUCGAGAUGGGCGAUCACAUCCGGGCUGUGACGAACACGCGGCAUGACGUUGUUGUUGUGGGAGGAGGAGCCGUGGGCAUCGAGAUGGCCGCCGAGCUGAAGCUGGUCCAGCCGCACUGCGGCGUCACCCUCGUGCACUCUCGCGACAAGCUGCUGUCCGCCGAGCCGCUGCCGGAGGAGACCAAGGACCGGGCGCUGGAGCUAGUCCACGAGGCGGGCGUGAAGGUGCUCAUGUCGCAUCGGCUCGACAAGACCGAGGAGGUGAAGACGGACGACGGGAGCAAGUGCCUCAGGUUGACUUUCACAAACGGCCAUUCCAUGCUGGCCAGCGAGGUUAUCAUGGCGAUAUCUAAGAGCGUGCCUGCGACCAAGUUCCUGCCGAAGGAGGCCGUGGAUGAGGAGGGAUAUGUGAAGAUCCACGCAAGUCUUGCCUUUUUGGGAGACAUCCCCAACGCCUCUGAUCACUUCGCGAUCGGCGAUCUGGUCCGGUGGUCGGGCAUCAAGCGGUGCGGGGCAGCCAUGCACAUGGGCUACCACGCCGCCAACAACAUCCACCAGCUCAUGAACCAGAAGCUGUUCGGGAAGGCCCCCGUGUUCCUGGAGCUGAGCGAAAUCCCGCCCAUGAUCGGCCUGGCGGUCGGGAAGCAGGCAGUGGCCUAUUGGCCCGCGGAAGGGACGACAUCGGGAGACGCGGUCAUGAAGGCGUUCUUUGGGGAUGACUUGGGAUUUACGAUCUGCUGGAACCAUCUCCAGCUCGGAGGAGACAAGGUUUUGUGA